UGCCUCACGAACAAGUCUUUUGUAACGUUUAAAGAUUUAACGCUCCCUUUCUCUCACUCUUGCUUUUGCUUUGGUUUUUACGGUCUCUUGGACCAAAACCUCUCAGCAAAGGAGGAACUCCUGCUCUUUCCUUGUUGUAAACUAGUCAGUAGUCACACCAGAAAACAGAUAAAAGGAAAACCAAGAAAUUAAGGAGAUGGGAUCUGGGAGCUUUCUCAAAGUGGUGGCGAAGAACUUCGACGUUCUUGCUGGGCCUUUGGUUACUCUGGUUUAUCCUCUAUACGCCUCCAUUAGGGCAAUAGAGUCCAAGUCCCAUGAAGAUGAUAAGCAGUGGCUCACUUACUGGGUUCUAUAUUCUAUGCUUACCCUCUUCGAGCUUACCUUCGCAAAAGUUAUUGAGUGGCUCCCCUUUUGGCCGUAUGCAAAACUGAUUGCCACCUGCUGGUUGGUAUUGCCAUACUUCAGUGGGGCUGCAUAUGUUUAUGAGCAUUUUGUUAGACCUUUCUUUGUAAACCAGCAGACAGUUAACGUCUGGUAUAUCCCAAGGAAGGAGGACAUUUUCAGUAAGCCAGAGGACAUUCUUACAGCUGCAGAGAAAUACAUUGCAGAGAAUGGAAUUCACAGGGUUGACACAGAAACAACAUCAAGAAAAAAUGACAAAUACAUGAUCUUUGAUCAUGACUAUUAGGCAUUAGAAGUUUUUAUUUUCUCUUUGGCAAAGUAACUAAUGGUAAGGCAAAUGCAUCUGCAUUCUAGUAGAACUGCCUCCAUAUAUAGUUGUUGGUUUUCACGUGUCUUUUUGUUAGAUAUUGCCUAUGUUGUUCAAAGAUACUCGUUUGUUUUAUACACAUGUAAUUAAUUAAUUAUGUGGUUUGCUCUUUUGCCUUGUA